AUGAAAAUCGUUGAAUUAAGUAAUUGCAAUAAUGUAAAUGUAAUUAGAAGAACUGAACAUGAACAAGUCAGAAGAAAUGAAGGGAGAGAGGAAGACGUGCCAAUCGUUAAGAACAAUUUAUGGGGAAGUACACAAAAUCAUUCGGAGAGUGCAAAAAAAAGCCAUUCUAUAAGCUAUUCAGAAGAAGAGAAAAAAGGAAGCAUGACUAAUGAUACCCAUAAUAAUGAUAUAAAAACAAAUCAACAUGCCAUAUGUGAAGAAGUGAAAGAAUGCACAGAUGGCAAUGAUGAGAAUUUCUUUCAUUUUAAUAAUUCAAAAGAGAGUGCAACUGCUAAGAAGCAAAAGUUUAUAUAUUGUACCAGAAGUAGUACUAAAGUAAAAGCACAACAAGAGGAGUAUUAUAACCAAGAAGAUCUUAACUUAAAUGGUGUGCAUAACAGUAAAUAUAGUCAACACAUCGCCAAUUGGACUAGCAAGAACAAGAACGUGAAUGUAAAACCAAAUGACAAGGGUCAACCCAGCGAUGAAAUGAACUACUCAUGUAAUAUUAUGAAAAGGAAAAAGGAAUCGUCCAAAAAUGAAGCUCAAAAAAUUUCUAGUAUUAAUAAAAAGUUAUUAUCCUUUAACAAAGAAAACAUUUCUGAACAAGGUCAGGUGGAAAUUUGUUCACCCAUUUUAAGUAGUAGCCCUAAUUCAUACACAGCAAGUGAAGAGAUCAAAAAAGAUAGUGAGAAAAAAACGAAAGAAAAAUUAAGUAACAGUUGUAUGAGUGCUGAUGAGAAAGUUACACACGAGUCAAAAAGUUUGAAGAAUGCACAAAGAGGUUUAAACAAUUUACUAGAAAAAUGUUCAAAUGGAUCUGCAGCCAAUCUACAUGGCACAUCGAAUAGUGAAAAUAUAGCUGAAAAUAGUUCCUUUGAAAAUACAAACAUAGUUAGUAAAAUUUUAUGUAAUCAUAAAGAGGAUAACUUGCUCUCUUUGAACAGUUCAAAAGAUGAUUCAGUUAUUUUGGAUGAUAAACAAGAAAAUUUUAUUAGUCAAAGCACUGGUACCUUGGAGGACAAUGCCACAUGUGCCAAAUGGGGUAAAGUGGGGGUUAUUUCGAAAGGGAACAACACUGGAGAAAUUAAUGAAAAUGGUCAUACUAAGCAGAAUAACGAUUGUAGUCACAUCAAUAACGGAUAUUAUACUAAUGAAAGAAGUAUCAUUAAUAACAACAGUCACAGUAGUCAAAGCUGUCAGAGUAAUGAGAUUAGUCCAAAUGAAAAGAGUAACACUAAUGGGGACUACCCUCAUAGCACUACAAGCGAUAUUGAUAAGCUAAAAUAUGAAAUAAAGAAAGAGCUAUACAACAAACUAAGCAUCGCGUUAGAUGUUAAUAUGUGUUUUAAUACGGAUGAAGAAUAUUACAUGAAAUUUUUAAGAAAAAAAAAGUAUCGAAAUUAUGUUUUAAAUAUUUCAAAGUUUAUUAUAAUAUUAGGUAAACAAUUAUAUCUAUCUAUAUAUACCAUAUCAUUAGCUCUGCAUUAUAUGCAUAAAUACAACCAAAAAUAUUUAAAAAGGAAAAAAAGCUCGAUAGCUUACCUUAUAGGUGGUGCUUGUAUAUUCUUAGCAUGGAAAUUGAGAGAAGAUUUUGAGGAUCACAAAAAAUCGAAAAAGCUACAUGACAUACCGAAAGUUAUUUUUAAACUACUCAACUAUUUUUAUAAAAAAAAGAGACUGAAAAAAAAAAUUAAGAAAAUCGAACUGGACUUGAUGAUAAAUCACUACCAAACGAACUUGGAAAUUUCGAACGAAGAUACAUUCAAAACGUUUAUGCAAAAUGUACGAGCAAGAGAGAUAGAGAAGUAUAAAGAGAAUAAUAAGUUCAAUCCUACAGAUGACUCACAAAUAAGCGAUAUGGAAAAAAAAAAAAAAAAAAAAAAAAAACGAAAAAUUUCUACUCAUGAUGAUAGGAAAAAACGGAAUGAAAGCAGUUUGAAAAAAACUGAUGUGCAAUCGAUUGAUGAAAAAAAAUCGAAAGAGAAGAAAGAGAAGGAGAAGGAGAAAAAUAUAAAGAGCUUGUACUAUGAUUUGUUGGUAAUAAACAGUAUAAUAAGUGAAGGACACAUAUCAGACAUAAACAAUAUAAGUGAUGUUAGCGAUUGCUUCAGCUCGUACCUGUCCGAGUGCAACAGCAAGGAUGUUUCCGAGUACGAAUUUGCAAGCGCCCCUGAACGGAGCAGCGAAGGGGAACGACAGCAAGAGAAAAUUGUAGAGAAAUGUGCAAUGGGGAACGCAUCGGAGGGAAAUGCAGAAGGGGGGAACACAUCAGAGGGGAAGAUAAACGGGCAGACCAACGAUGAAGGAAAAAAAAAGCACUUGAUAAAAAAGUUCAAAAAGCUGUGUAAACAGCAGAAGAGAAAUAUUUACAUUUCAUCCUCAAAGUGGGUGUUGAAUAAUUCCGGGCAAAAGUUACAGCUGAUGCAAAAAAUUAUAACAUAUUAUGAGAGAGAAGUACUAAAAAGUUUUAAUUACUUUAUAAAACCAAAAAUAUUAUCCUUCGAUUUAUUUCCAACAUUUCUUGGUCAAUUUGUUCUUAUAAUGGAAGAUUAUAUACAGGAAAAUCAAGUAAAUCAUCUUGAGAAAUUAUCCUUUUUAACUAUUUUAGAUUUUUACAAAACCCCACUCUGUCUUAUAUUUACGUCUAAAGAAAUCAUAGUUACUUGUAUCUUAAAGGCAUAUAUUUCCUUAAAGAUAGUUUACGGUCAAUUAAAUUUUAAAACUCUGUCCUUUGAAGAUUUUGAAAGCAAAGUAACAAAAUUUAUCAGAACAGUUAGCUACGAUGACCCCAUCCGUAUAAACAGGAUAAAAAUGGCUUUACGAGAAAUGAGACAAGUUCAUCACUAA